AUGACCCACUGUUGCUCCCCUUGCUGUCAGCCUACGUGCUGCAGGACCACCUGCUGCAGGACCACCUGCUGGAAGCCCACCUGUGUGACCACCUGCAGCAGCACACCCUGCUGCCAGCCCUCCUGCUGUGUGUCCAGCUGCUGUGGCCAAACCAGCUGUGGGUCCAGCUGUGGCCAGACCAGCUCCUGUGCACCGGUCUACUGCAGAAGAACCUGCUACCACCCCACAUGUGUCUGCCUGCCUGGUUGCCUAGACCAGAGCUAUGGAUCCAGCUGUUGCCAGCCCUGCUGCCGCCCAGCCUGCUGUGAGACCACCUGUUGCAGGACCACUUGCUUCCAGCCCACCUGUGUGUCCAGCUGCUGCCAGCCUUCUUGCUGCUGA